AUGGACAACAUCUUGCUGAUUCCGCAGCUCCCCCUGUCUUUCAUGGCAAGCGUACUGGCCAUCCAGCUUGAUAUCUAUCCCCACUCUGCCGAAACAGGAGAAGUUCUGUGGCCAGCUCGUCAAGCCUUUGGAUACCUGAUUGGAAUCUCAUUUGCUGUAAUCUUUCCGCUCAUUUUCAUCGCCUUCAGAGUCAACCCCAUAGCAGGGUUCUUCUCAACCUACAUCUGGGCCCAACCACGCGAGCCCGACGAAGAGCCAACCUACGUCCCACUUUCCCCUAAACUGAAAGAUUUUCAUACCCAUAUUCCUGGCCUACGGCGCUUAUGGGAGUGGCGUAGGUAUCUCUCUGCACAAUCGGGGACCUCGUCCUCCAACACUGGAAUGGUGUCCAGUGACCUCCAGGGUGAGAAGUGGAGUAGUGCUGUUGAGACAGACUACCCUCUUCAUAGGUGGGGCUUAGGGCUGAGGAGGGUGUUCAGACGGAAGGCGAUGGAGGAUCUGGAUGGUGGAAAUGGUAAGCAGGGGAGUGAACAUGGUGGGAAGUAUGAUGGUGAUGACUUAGGACAGGUGGGGAACUAUAAGCAGACCAUGGCGUAUGGUGCGAUGAAGGAAACGGUGAAGGAGGUAAGAGGAGGCGACGAUGAGGUGCAAGAAGAGAGUAAAGGGAAACUAAGAGGUGCUGUUGAUGGGGUGACGGAGCGGAUGAAAGCAAGCGUGUCGAGACGGCGGGUAGUUGCGAGGGUGGAUUUGGAGAAGGGGGACUUGCGGCAGGAUCACUGAUGAAUUUGGGGAUACUGG